AUGACACCCAAGACCACCAAGAAGCGCAAGGCUAGCGACGUCAUUCCCGGCGAUGCUUCGGCCACAGCAACGACGCUGCAGGUGCACCGCUGCCGCUUCGUAGACUGGAUGCCGUCGGCCGCUCACGCGCUGUGCUUCAACGCCGCUGGCGAUCAGUUGGCUGUUGCGCGAGCCACUGGCGACGUGGAGAUCUGGAGCGUGACCAACAAGUGGCACCUCAAGUUUGUAUUGCCCGGCUCGGCCCAGAGCCAAGUGUCAGCGCUGUGCUGGGCCCCAGACAGCGACCGCCUGUUCGCGUCGUCAUUGGACGGUACGCUUUGGGAGCUAGACCUGCACUCUCUGUGUCGGAAGAACGUGACGGACUCAAAUGGCGGUCCUAUCUGGAGUAUGGUCAUGGACGCCGAGACGCAGCAACUGGCCCUCUACUUCAGCAAAGGAUUCCUUACCACAGGCGGCCGCGUCGUGUCACUUGCCUGGCAUUCUCAGGCACACAAGAUCUUUUCGGGCAGUGAGAACGGCAUUAUCCAUUGCUGGAACGCUGCGACUGGCCGCAACGAGUCCCGUAUCACUCUCGAGACGCUGACCAAGCAGAAAUCGGUCGUCUGGUCGCUCGUGGUGCUAGACGACCUGACGCUGGUGAGCGGCGACUCGGCCGGCAACUUGAGCUUCUGGAACGCCCCCACAGGCACGUUGCUGCAAAAGUUUUCGCACCUGACGGCCGACGUUCUGGCCAUUUGUGUGAGCCAGAGCAACAACACUCUUUUCGCUUCGGGUGUGGACAACCAGGUCGUUGAGUUUCGUCGCUCUGUGGCCGAGAGCGGUAACGCCACCUGGGCCUACUCGUACAGCCACCGUGGUCACAGCCACGAUGUGCGUGCACUGGCCCUGUCGGCCAACGUUAAGCCGGUCCUGGUUUCUGGCGGUAUCGACACUCAGCUCGUGUGGUACCGUGGCAACAGCUUCGGCGCUAGCCGGCCGUCCAAGAUCGCGUCGAUGCCGUACCGACAGUCCAUUGCGCUGGCCAACGAGAAACGUGUCCUGAUGGUGCAGAAGUCGACGUGUCUGGAUCUGUGGCGUUUGGCCACCCAGUCGGCCACCACCGGCGCCAUCACCAAGAAGCACAAGCUGUUGCUGGAGCUAAACGUGGGCAACGCCUUGAAUUUGUCAUGCUCGGCCGUGGCCCCGAACGCUAGCUUUGUGGCCUGCUCGAACUCCAAGGAACUGAAGCUUUUCGAGCUGGAUACGGAGCAGAGUUUCCAGCCAAAGAAGGUCACUACGUUGCCUCGUAGCGUCAAGGGACCAGCUCGUGUGCUGGCCUUUUCGCCCGACUCCACUCGUCUAGUGAUCGCGUCGGCCUCGUACCAGAUUCGCGUUCUGGAUCUGGCCAAGAUGGAAAGUGCAAGUGUGCCGUCUCCGCUGGUUUCGCUCACUAUUUCCUCGGACGGCCAAUGGCUGGCCACUGGUGAUGCCUCUAACAACAUUGCCGUUUACAAUUUGGAUUCGAUGCAGUUCUACUGCCAAUUGCCUCGUCCCAGUGAGAUGCACACAAGUAUGAGCUUCAAUCCUUCGGGCAAGACUUUGGUAGUUACGCUCGUGUCCAACAGCUUUGUGUGCUACGAUGUGGAGACUAAGGGACUGUCCGAAUGGUACCGUCAAAACCAUGAGCAGUUCCCCAAGGAGCUGGUGGAAGGCCGUAACCUCAAGGGUAUGGCUUUCGAUCCGGCCAAUCCGGAUUUCCUCUACCUCUACUCGCAGGUGAGUCUUUACCAGAUUAACAUGGGCAAGCAAGCGUCUGCCAAGAGUCCGCCCAAGAAGACUCGCCGUCGUGCUAUGAGCGUUUGUACGGAAUCGGACAGCAAAAAUGAUGCUGCGGAGGGGGAGCUGGUGGAGCUGGAGGAUGGAUUCUGCCACAACGAGCUGAUCAUCGUAGAGACCCCGUGGCUUAAGGUGCUGAGCCGCUUGCCUGGUGCUCUGCACCGUCAUAAGUAUGGCAAGUAA